AUGUCGGCUAAACAGAGUCAGAUUACGUCUUUUUUUUCUCAAAAUAAAAAACAAAAGACAAAUAAGGAUUUUGAUGGAAAUUCUGCUUCUGUUGAUAUUUUAUCGAUCAAUUUAUAUGAGAUUCAAGGUGAAACAGGACUGUGCGCAGAGAUAUCAUCGCUAGAACCAUCAAAAAUCUCAACAUUAGCUUCAUUAACAUCAUCUCCAUUUACAUCACCUUCAUCAAUAGUAGCUUCACUAACUUCACCUUCAUCCGCAUUAGCUUCACUAACUUCACCAUCAUCAACAUCAUCUUUACCAACUUCACUAUCAUCAACAUCGGCUUCACUAACUUCCCCAUCAUCAACAUUAGCUUCCUCAACAACAAAAUAA